AUGUUUGUAUCACCUUUGAAACAUUCAGGAAUUCAUUUGUCUUCUGGGACAUUGCAAACAAGAAAUAUGCCUCUAGAUGCAGUCUUUAUCGACAGCAUCCCUUCAGGCACACUCACUCCUGUGAAAGACUUGAUGAAGUAUCAGAAGUCCUCUCUAAAACUGAAUGGUCAUAAAAAGAAUCAGUUUUUAGAAAUUACAACUUCUAACAAUAAAAAUGUACUUCAAUCCACCAUGCUAUCGGAAGAUAACCUUUCAAACCACUCUCCUGAUGUCAGUGUUAUAAAACCCAAUGUGGAUAUGAUUUAUGAAUCACCAGGAAAAAUCUUUCAAAGAAUGAAAGAAAAAGUACAGUCUGACAAACAAGAACAACCAUCAAGGAACCUGUUGGGAUCACCAAAAUGUGAACAUAAUAAAGUCUUUCCUCCUGACAGAGGCAAGAAAACUCGGCUGCAACAUACCUAUAUCUGUGAGGAAAAAAAAAUAUCAUUCCAAUCCAAUAACUCUUCAUUGGGAGAUCCUCUAAUUCUGAACCAAGAACAAAAAAAUGUUUCAGCUUCAUGCAUUUCAAGCAAAGCAUUAACUAGAGCCCAGUUUGGCAAACAAGUUCUUCAUUCAAAAGGGAGGCCUGUGAAAACCACUGUGUCCAAAAAGAACACAUUUGCUUUGGAAGGCGUUAAUUCUACUUAUGAAAAGUUUGAAAAUACUGAUAUGAACACCAUUAGUACUAUUUGUGUUCCUGUUAAGAAUCAUAGCCAGUCUAUUACUUCUGAUAAUGAUGUGACAACAAAAAGGACUAAAAAAGAGGAUAUUACAGAAGAAAAUGAAGAAAUGAUGUCUAGAAGGACUAUUCUUCAAGAUCCCAUGAAGAAUACAUCUAAAGUUAAACGUGUGAGUCCAAGACUUAAUUUAACACUAUCUGACCAGUCUCAAAGAAAACUUACAAAGCUUGAAACUGUUAUAAGUGAAGUAAAACAAUAUCAGGUAGUCCACCUACAGGAAUGGAUGAUUAAAGUCAUCAAUAAUAAUACUGCUAUAUGUGUAGAAGGAAAGUUGGUAGAUGAGGCUGAUAUUUAUUGGCAUAGUAAUGUAAUUAUAGAGCGGAUUAAACACAAUGAACUUAGGACCUUAUCAGGCAACAUUUAUAUAUUAAAAGGACUGAUAGACCAGGUUUCCAUGAAAGAAGCAGGAUAUCCCUCUAUUUUUACAAGAAAAUUUCUGUUUGGAUUUCCCAAAGAUUGGAAGAAAUACAUUGAUAAUUUUCUAGAACAAUUAAGGGCUAAAGAAAAGAACAAGAGUGAGACCAGACAGAAAACUGCAAGAUCCCAAAAUAAACAAAAAUGGAUAAAAAAUGAUGCAGAAGAUAAACAAACAGAUGUCCUCCGAAAGGCCAGCAUCACUUACGACCUUAAUGGUGAUGGCUUAGAGAGAACUGAGGUAUUAAAUGUACCCAUUGAUCCCUUGAACUCACUGGAACAGUCUACCCCUGACAAAGAAAGAAGACACCAGACUCUCACUCAGAAGGAAGCUUACGUUUUAAUAACACCACUUAGAACCACAAAGUUGAUAGAGCAAAGAUGUGUGGAGCACAGUCUCUCUUUCGAAGGAGGAAUAGAUUUUUUCAAAGCAAAGCAUCAAGAAGAAAGUGAGUCAGUUGUACAAGAAACUCCGAGUCCUACCUGUAAGUCCUUAGAGACCUUUGAACAUAGCGUGGGUUAUGAAGGCAGUGCCAAGGAGGACUGCAACGAAUGUGACAUAAUCACUGUCAAACAUAUUCAGAUACCUUGCUCGAAAAGUAAACAAAUACUCACCAAUGAUUCUAAGAAAAAGAACAAGUUGUCCUCAAAACUGCAGAAAACUGAAAAACAAAUAGAUGUAUCACUGUAUAGCCAGUCCUCGUCACAUUUGUCAAGUGAAGAGAAUGAAGUAAAACCAGAAAUUAAAAGUAAAACCAGAGCAAGAAAUACAAAAGAAAGACUGAAUCAGGAGAGAAAAACCAGAAGCAACAUCACAAAAGAUAUCCUCCUCAUUUCAGAAGCUAAAGGUGAGAGUGAUUGUUCCAUCACACCAAAGAGACUUAGAUCUUCUGCUAAAGAAUCACAUUACAAAUCUGAUGUUAGCAAGAACUUUCUAAUUGAAGUUAAGGCAUCUGAUACAACUAACAGGCAACUGGUAGACAGUCUACCUGGCUUAACUGAUGAUGGAGAAUGGAACCAGCAAGAGUUACAGAAGCUUCAUCGUGCUUUUACAUCUCUUCCAAAGCACAAACCUGGCUUUUGGUCAGAUGUUGCUAUGGCAGUAGGUUCUCGAACUGCUGAUGAGUGCCAGAAGAAAUACACAGAAGAACCCAAAGGCAGAGGAUCCCAAAAACAUGUCUCUAAGAAAAAGCAAGCCAACUUCAAGGUCCAAAAUGGUGAGGAAGACAGCACUGACAAGAGAACGAUUACGAUAACCGCCGGAGUGGGGACUCUUAAAAGGAAACGACAAGUGAGGGAAUGUCUCGAACACUUGCCAAAAGACAACCACGAUGAUUUUUUCACUGCAACACCCUUGCAGAAACAAAGAAUACGGUUGCCAAGUUUUCAAUACAGUCAAGACGAUGAUAUUCUGCUGUGUAUGGACAGGAUCCCAGCGUCUCCAUCAUCAGUUCCUUCCACACUGACAAGCACCACUCCGCAGUGCAGCCAUGUCAGCCCUGGAAUGCUAACCUCUAUAGAAAGGAAUGAUUGUGAUAAAUAUGUUUACCAUAUGCAAAAAAAUGCUAAAAAAUGUAGCAAGAGUAAAGGUGGCCUUGUCUGGGGCAACAUUAGGAAAAAAACAGUUGAAACUGAUCUCUCAUCUCCAAUACGAACACGAAAAGCCCUGUUUAACAAAGAUUUAGGUGAAAACACUGAUAUUCCAAAGUUUUUCAUUGAUGAUAUAGAAUCAGAUGAAGAAGAAAAAGAUUAUUACUUUUCCAAUUCUGACUGAUAGUAAAAGGACCUGCAGGAAUUUUACCAUCAAGAAGAAUAUACGUAUAUUCUCAUUUGAUGACUAUUUUCUUUGUAAUAAGGGAAUGCAGAUUUGUUUCCCAAAGAUGUCUUGUUUGUAUGCAAGGUAAACACCCUAUAGAGCAUUCCCCAGAAUUACAGCUUACAAGUACAAUUAUUUUGCCUGUGUAUGCAUUUGUAAAUUUUAUAUUUGUAAUAUUAAAGUUUAUAAAGGUCAGUCUCUUGAACAUCCAAGUCUGUUUACUUUAGUAAUCAUGUCUCAAGUAGAUUUAAAUAAAAAUGUAAAAGUCCUUAAAUGAGGAGAGGUAAGGGGCUGGAGUUAAGCGUGUGGAUUGGUGGACACCUGAAUGAAAACUUUUAGCAUCAUGCAGCCUGGAAUUACAAGCCAGACCUCCUUCUCUGUUUAAAUUACGUCAUUCAAACUGUUUACAUGUUUUUAUGUUUUAUAUACCUUUUCUUCUGAUAGUUCAUCUUAAAUUUUUUACUACACGUUGGUCUGUUUGUGAAAUCUAUCUCUAAUUCAUUGUUCUUUAUUAUUUUAUAAAUAAAAGGAACCAGAGGACAGGUUCUGUUGUAUUCUGCAGCCCUGCUAUAGUUGAUAGAUCCACUGUUAUAAUUAUGAUGUCCUAACCUAAUAAACAGGUUUUCCCUUUCGACAGCUUUUAAAGGUAACUUUCAUUCCGUCAUUGUUUUAAAGCUUGACAUAAGUUAUUU